ACUUCCCCGCGUUGCUUGUACCUUGGGUUCGGGGCUUCGACACCAAAGGGGAAGAGCUCCCCGGCGAAUGGUGUGGCUGGUGUGGUUCUUCCCUGGACGCGCCGUGUCCAUCCCUCAGCCCUCAAGCCUGCGCUGGCUUCUCUGGGAACUCUGGAGUUCCCUCUGCACCUGAUACUUGAGCUGACAUCAUGGCAGCCCAUCAGGAGAAAAAACCUUCUGAAGAAAGAAAACGCAAAAGCGCCCAAAAUGGGACUCAGACAUCUCAAGCCCAGUGGGGAAGAGCCUGGGAGGUGGACUGGUUUUCCUUGGCAAGCAUCCUUUUCCUGCUCAUGUUUGCACCACUUAUUGUUUAUUACUUCAUAAUGUCCUGUGACCAGUACCAGUGCUCUCUGACUGAUCCACUCAUUGACUUGCUCACGGGUAAUAAACAUCUGUCUGACAUCUGGAACAAGACUCCUGCACUGACUUAUAGAGCUGCUGGCAUCUAUACUCUUUGGGUCACUUUCCAGGUGUUUUUGUAUGUGUUCGUUCCUGACUUCUGCCAUAAAUUCCUUCCUGGAUACGUAGGAGGUGUGCAAGAAGGUGCUGUCACCCCUGCUGGUGCAGUGAAUAAGUAUGAAAUCAAUGGACUUCAGGCUUGGAUCAUUACCCAUGUGCUUUGGUUUGCAAAUGCCUAUUACUUCCACUGGUUCUCACCCACCAUCAUUUUUGACAACUGGAUUCCUCUCCUGUGGUGUGCCAAUAUCCUGGGAUAUGCAGUUUCCACGUUUGCAAUGAUUAAAGGCUACUUUUUCCCCACCAAUGCCAAAGACUGCAAAUUCACUGGCAACUUCUUUUAUGACUACAUGAUGGGCAUUGAAUUUAACCCUCGAAUAGGAGAGUGGUUUGAUUUCAAGCUCUUCUUCAAUGGGCGUCCUGGUAUUGUAGCCUGGACUCUAAUUAACCUGUCUUAUGCUGCUAAACAACAGGAGCUGUAUGGCCAAGUAACCAACUCCAUGAUCCUUGUCAAUGUCCUUCAGGGUAUUUAUGUUUUGGACUUCUUUUGGAAUGAAGCCUGGUACUUGAAAACCAUUGAUAUCUGCCAUGAUCAUUUUGGAUGGUACUUGGGUUGGGGAGACUGUGUUUGGUUGCCUUACCUCUAUACUUUGCAGGGUUUGUAUUUGGUGUACCACCCUGUCCAGCUGUGCACGGCUAAUGCCAUAGGGGUCUUGAUGUUGGGCUUGAUUGGCUAUUACAUCUUCAGAACCACCAACCACCAGAAGGACCUUUUCCGUCGCACGAAUGGGAACUGCAAGAUUUGGGGCAAGAAACCCGAGUAUAUCGAGUGCUCCUACAUGUCUGCGGAUGGCACCAAGUACCACAGCAAACUGAUGACCUCGGGGUUCUGGGGGUGGGCACGCCACUUCAACUACACGGGAGAUUUGAUGGGCUCCCUGGCCUAUUGCCUGGCUUGUGGGUUUGAGCACAUCUUGCCUUAUUUCUACAUUGUUUAUAUGACCAUCCUGCUCACCCACCGCUGCCUUCGGGACGAGCACCGGUGCUCCAGCAAGUACGGGAAGGACUGGAAGCGCUACACUGCUGCUGUGCCUUCCCGCCUCCUCCCGGGGAUGUUUUAAGGCUAACACAGAAUCCCAAGGGGAAGAAGGGAGAAAAAAAAAAAAAAAAGAAACUUUUGGUUUUUGGAGGUGAAGAGAGUUUAUCCCCAUUGCUAAACUAUCCACAAGAAGGACGCUUGUGCUGUUCUGAAGGAAAAAAGGUGGCUGGGCGAAAGUCCUUGAUGUACUGAAGGAACACACAGGCAGACUGUUUGAAGUGAAUUAAAUGAAGCACUGGAAUGUCCCUGUUUUUUAGAAGAUUCUUUUAUCUAGGCUUUUUAUUUUCCCCCUGCUCUCUCAAAAUUAACUAGGAGUCGAAAAAAAGUUGCAUAUAUUGAGACUCCUGAGAUCUCCCAAAGUUGGAAGGAGGCUUUACUCUUCAGAGUACCACAGUUCUGGAAGUAGUUUCCAGUGACUCGGGAGAGGAGGGAAAUAGAUGUGUGAUCUGUUUAUAUAAGCAAGGUGUGGUUGCUUGUGACAGGCAUAACCUACAGUCAGUAACUCCCCAAAGGAGGUUUUAUUGUUUGUUGCUUUUCAGGAGGUUAACUGGGGAAAUACUGAACUGGGAACCUGACCCCACACUAGUGUGUGGGAAGAUUGUUAUAAUCUGAUACAAAUGUUUAUGAAAGCUGGUGUAAAUUAGUAUAGCUUAAAAGUUACAUUAGUUUACAGCACCUGACAACAUGGUAUGUGACCAAGUAGUAUUAUUCUGAUACUGAAACCAAACCUGCAUUGGGAAGAUACUGAGCAUAUCUUGAUUUUUUUCAGUGUGGAUAGAAAGUUUGGUUUUUGUAUUAUUUGUAUAAAAUCAUGUUUGUAAAAAUUUAAGAAAUAAAUUCUUGCUUUCAAAACCAGUAAAAAA